AUGGCGAACACAAAGAAGUCGAACAAAAGGUCUAUAAAGGAAUACGUGAUAAUAGCCGCUGGUGUGCUAUUAAUACUAUCAAUGGUGCUAUACACAUGUGUAGCCACACCACUCAGCCAACACAAAUCGCAGGAAAGACCAUUAAGUAUGAUAGAUGAAUCGGAGAGAUCUUUCACAGAUACAAAAAGUAAUGUAGUGCAUGAAAACAGACAAUUUGAUGAUGGAGGAAGUAAAGAAGCAGGCACAGUAAUACAAGUUGAGCAAGUGGGUGAUAGAAUAGGUGCGGAGCAUGCUUCUACGCCUUUAAAGGUAUCUGCACCAGAUGAACAUAGCAAUUCUUCUUUUAUAAAAGAGAGAAAAAGAGAGAUGCCUGAUGGUAUGUAUAAAGCGCAGUACGCAGUGAUAGUGGCUGAAAAAGAGCACAGAGAGCAAAUAAAUAUUCUAAACGAGCUGGAUGAUGCUGCUGAUUGUGCACACAAGACCUUUUUGGAAAAUAAGAAAGAACUAAAAAAUGCUAAAGUGCUGUAUGGUAAAUAUGCAGACGAAUAUAAAAAGACUCAUGAAAAAAUAACAACUCUAAAAAAAGAAAUUACAGCUUGUUACAUAAACCCAAACAGUAUAACCCGAAUUCCAGAAGGCAAAGAUACUAAAUAUGACACAGAAAUGAAAGAGAUUGAUAGGCUAUCUGAAAGCGUGCAUGAAAAAGAAAAAGUUAGAGUAUGCAAAAUUAAUAUAGCGAAAAAAGCUCUUAUCUAUGGGAGAGAGCUAGAACAAAAUAUGCAUAGAUCAAGAAAAAACGCCCUGGAAUACUAUUUACAUAGAAAACAGGUGGAAAAAAGAUUGAUCUUUACUAUAAAAUGCACCUUGGAUUUAUUCGAAACAAUUUAUAGCAGAACUAAACUGCUGUGUUCAGUGAGAAAGAAAGAGGCAUUGUAUUAUAUAGAGAAUGAGGUCAGAGCAAAGCUUCUGAACAAUAUAAUAGAAUUACAUGAAAAGCUUGCUCACAAUGUGAAUGAUGGGAUCGAUAUAAUAAUUUAUAUGUGUAUAGUACAGAAGGAUGUUAUAUCUGCUGCAGAACAAGUAUAUAGCGCGUAUAAAGCAUAUGAUGCAGCUGCGUGCAAGUAUGAACAGCAACAGAAGUUGAGAGGAUGUGGUUUAAGUAUAUCUCAACACCAACCCGAGUUCUGGUUUUAG